AUGAAAUCCGACACUUCUAUCGUCCUGUCCCAGGCGGCACAACAACAAUCCGUCGAUGGGAUAUCGACUGUCGAACCCACUUCGGAUCUAGAGUCCAGUCCCAAGUAUGAAGGACACGAUAUCAAAGAGAAAGAAGGGGAAAGCGUCCAAAGCGAGACCCUGCACGAGUUAGAAAGGGGUGAUUCGAAAAUUCAAGAGAAUCACGAUCAUGAUCAACCGGGUGUACGACAAGCAGACGCUAUCACUCGUACUUGGAGUAAGACAUCAUUGAGGGUGGUGUAUCUCUUCCUGUGGCUCACCUACACUGUGAACACUUUCCAGUCUUCAAUAACCGGCAGCUUGACCGCCUACGUGACCUCGGGUUUCGAAGAACACUCUCUCAUUCCUGUCAUAUCUAUCGUAUCCAAUGUCAUGAGUGUGGUGGCUUAUAUGGUCCUGGCCAAGAUACUCAACCUGUGGGAUAAAAGUUAUGGGUAUCUCGCUUGUUGUGUUUUGGCCAUAUUGGGACUGGUGUUGAGUGCUGCGUGCACGGAGAUCUACACGUACUGUGCUGCACAGUCAAAAGGUCUCGCAUACGCCUUCACAGCUUCUCCAUGGGUCAUCACAGCCUAUGCCGGUCCUGCCAUCUCGGAGAGGUUUUACGAUUACAACUGGCGAUGGGCCUUCGGAGCGUUUGCCAUCAUUCUACCUUUUGUGGCCGUGCCAUUGUUCGGGUUGAUGCAGUGGCAUAAGAGGAAAGCUGCAAAGGCGGGUUUGGUGGUGAAGGCUGUUCCGGAUGUGAGGAGCUGGACAGAGUUGGUUUGGUACUACUUGAUUGAGUUUGAUGUCCUCGGAGUCUUCCUCAUAUCCGGAGGAAUGGUACUCUUCCUUGUCCCCUUUUCCAUCGCCACUUCCACAGCCGACGAAUGGCGUUCAGCAUCCAUCAUUGUCAUGCUCGUUCCCGGUAUCCUAUGUCUCAUCGCUUUCACCUUGUAUGAAAAGUACCUCUCACCCGUCCCAUUCGUCCCUUGGAGAUUACUACAUGAUCGAACCGUUAUCACCGCUUGUGGAUUAUGUUUCACAUGGCAAAUAGCAUAUUACUGUUGGGCGUCAUAUUUCACUUCAUACCUUCAAGUCGUAUACGAUUUAUCCAUCAGCGAAGCUGGUUAUAUAAGUUACAUCUACAACGUUAUCGCGACUAUUUGGAUGUUACCCACCGGUAAUUUAAUCCGUCGAACAGGUUAUUACAAAUGGAUUCUUUUGAUAGGAGUUCCAUUAUACGUUUUAGGUGAAGGUUUAAUGAUACGUUUUCGUCAACCUGCUUUCGGUGGUUCUUCUUUCACUUGUGUUGAACAAGUAGCCGUGUUAUCAGUUGGAAGUCAUAAUGAUUCAGCUGCAAUGUUAGCUUUAUUAGGUUUGUUUGGAUAUUACGGUGGAGCGGUUGGUAAUUCUAUUUCAGGUGCGAUUUGGACAAACACUUUACCUAAAUAUUUAAAAGAAUAUUUACCUGAAGAAACUAUAGAUAGUUGGGAAGAUAUUUAUAAUGAUUUAGAUCAACAAUUGUCUUUUCCGAUGGGGGAUCCAACUAGGACGGCUAUUAAUGAAGCAUAUGCCGUGGCACAGAGUAGGAUGUUGAUCGCUGGUACGGCUGUCAUGGCUUUGGCUUUGGUUUUCACUUUGAUGAUGAGGAAUAUCAACGUUUCGAAGAUUCAUCAGGUCAAGGGGGUUUUGUUCUAG